AUGAAUCCAUCAAUUAUAGCUCAACUCAUCGAUAUUCUUCACAUCAAUCCAUAUUCUUUGUUCUUUCGAUCUCUUGGUGAUUUGUCAAAUUUGGAAAAUCAAGUAAUCCAUAUAAGAUCAGAUGUUGGUCUAGAUCAAGAUGUAUUCAAUGUCCCGACAUCUCCACAAGUUGCAGCAAUAUGGGUUGAAAAUGAAGAUGCAGAUCAGCUAAGAGGACAAGACAUUUAUGUCUUUAGUCAUUCUGGUGGAAGUCAUAUAGUUCAAUAUUAUUUUGGCUGCUAUGAUCCACUUCAGUAUCCGUUGUUAUUUCCUCUUGGCGAUACUGGUUGGCACCAAGGCAUUCAAAGGGUCAAUAGAGGAAGCACAUUAACAAGUAACAAAACAACCCGAUCAAUAGAUCCUCACCGAUCAAUAUCAGCAGAAGAAUUACUUAGAAGAGAACAUCGAGCAUUGAACAGAAGAAGGAAGGAUCCAAUUGUUUCGUGUCGUGAAUAUUAUUGCUACAAGUUACAAAUCAGAGAAAAUGUCAGAUCAAUUUUGUUACUGUCUGGUCGCCUAUUGCAACAAUUUGUUGUCGAUAUGUAUGUUGAGAUCGAGACGUCAAGAUUAGAUUAUUUCCGUAGCAAACAACAACAUAUUCGAUCUGAGUUAUAUCAAGGUAUUGUUGAUACCAUUACACUUGGGGAAACUGAUGCUUCUAAUGUUGGAAAACGGAUUAUUCUGCCUUCGUCAUUUAUUGGGGGUCCAAGAGAUAUGCGAAAAAGAUAUAUGGAAGCAAUGGCUUUAGUUCAGCGUUAUGGUAAACCAGACAUUUUUUUAACAAUGACGUGCAAUCCAAACUGGCAAGAAAUUUCAAAUGAAUUACGCCUGCAUGAGGAGAGUCAAAAUCGGCCUGAUUUGGUUGCUCGGGUCUUUCGUGCAAAAUUAGAAGAAUUAAAGGAUCGAUUAUUCAAGCAGCAGAUAUUUGGAAAAGUCUCGGCAUAUGUUUAUGUUAUUGAGCACCAAAAAAGAGGGCUUCCACAUGCACAUUUUUUAAUUAUAUUACAGAGGAAUUGGAAACUCUAUGCGCCUGAAUCUUUUGAUGAGAUCGUAUCGGCAUAA